UAAUGCAGUGCAAUGCUGUAUCACUGUACGGCGGUACUCCAGUCCAGCUGAUGGCAAUAAAGGACGAUUAUUUCGCCGUAGAAGAAACCGAAGACUGAGGCACCAGGCAGGCAGCUAAAGCUAAUAUCAGCACCAGGCAAGGCGAGCUCGUAUCUGCUGCUGUGAACGCAGAACAGUACUUUCCUCCUAAGCUGUCAGUUGCAAAUUUACUACUACCAUUCAAUGUGUCUUAUUUAGUAACAACAGGAUGAAAUGGUCUGAGGACUCUGGUUCAAAUCUGGCCUCGCCUGUGUGGCGUUUGCAGGUUCGCUCCGGGUACUCCGGUUUCCUUCCACAUCCUAAAAACAUGCAUGAACUGCUGAUGGAGCGAUUGCUGAGGUCAUGAGCUGAAGUUCAUUUGUGCAACGCACAGCAUCAGCCAUGUCUGUCCACUGUCUCCUGCGCUGUACCAUCAGAGUAGAAAGAAAACAUGUAGCCACACAUUUAUUCCUGCAGAGAGCUCUGUCUGGAGCAGACGCUGUCAAUGCUCUCAGGCCAUUUUACUUUGCUGUCCAUCCUGACUUCUUUGGUCAAUAUCCCAGGGAACGGGAAGUGAAUGAAAAUUCCUUAAAAAGGUUGAAUGGCUAUUUGGAAAAUCUCCAGAAAACUGGUUCACGUUCAGUUCAGCCAAUGAAGCUCACCUUUUAUGUGAGAGACACAAAGGACAGCAGUGACGUGCAGCAAGAUCUCCUCACUUCAGGUUUCCGUUCGGUGAGCUUUGUCCUGCAUACGAACGAUAUCCUGAGCACAGUGACGAAUGUGUUAAAGUCCUGCAGUCUGUCCAUGGAACACAUAAAAGGACUUAAAGCAGUCGCUAAAGCUCCCCAAAGUCCAGCUGAAGCCGCCAUUCCUUUCUACAGACCCAUCAAGUGGGAUAAGAGCUACUACACCUUCACUGGCUUCAGAGACCCUGAGGAGGAGCUGCAGCAGGCCACGAGAGUUGAGCCUACUCUCAACAUGUGGUUUCAAAACAACGAAUCAGAGGCUACAAAGAAGCUCAAUAAUAGUCUUCCUCGGAGAGAAGAACUCAAACGGUUGAAGAAGGAACUGUGCCACAAGUUUGACCUGCCUGACAUCAGGUGGCAGCGCAGUUGGGGAGUGGCCCACAGAUGCUCUCAGCUUCAGAGUCUGAAUCGACUGUCUAUGCAGAAUCCAGAGGCUAUGCUCAACCUUCAAGGUCACACGGUUGUGUUUGCUGACCAAUCGGGGAUGAACGCCUCUGGGCAUGUCAUGCUGGGAACGACGGAUGUUCAUCAUCAGUGGAGCAAACUGUUGGAGCAGCUUCCGGGCUUCCGUGUCCUGCAUCAGCAGACGGAGUGGCUCAAGGAGAGGAUCAGUCUUCUCCUGGGUGGGACUCAAGUCGCUCACGCGGAGAGACUGGGACCGGUCGAGGCCAUUACGGAGCUCUACGGCACCCUUAAUAACUUCCACAAUAAUCUGAUAUCACAGAGGCUAUGUCUACACCCCAGAAGCCUUGAGGGGCUCAACAUGAUACUGGAGAAGGGCCGGUCUAGUCCUGGUCUUCAUGAGAUGGGCCACUUCAUCAUACCUACCAAUUGCGACCUGCUCAAGCUGCAGGCAUUCCUCCAGAGCCACGCACCCAGUGCCAGACAACGCUCUCAAAAUAGAAAACUGCUGCAGGCAGAAGAGGAGGCUGUGAUGAAGCUCUGUCUCCAGAGUCUUUCUCUGCAGGGUCUUUCCAAGGAGCCCAGUGUCACCUCCAGCCAGAUAAUUCUUUGCUGUAAAAGGUUGUUGGGCCAGCGUUCGCCCCUCAUGCUGGGCCUCCAUGUUUGCGUUUCCCAUUUCUACUCGGUUACGCAGGACGGAGACCUUUGUAUCCCCUGGGACUGGAAAGGUUGAACCCGACAAGGUUUAGUCAGUCCACAAGAUUUAUGAGAACAGUUUCCCAGCAUCACCUCAAAGUGUCGCCAAAGCACCAAACGCUGCAGAAACGUGCGUACGCCAGCCACGCAGUUGGCGUGAGGGACCGCACAUUUCCACGGUCAUGUCACUCUGAACUUUAUCGUGAAAAAGAACGGACACCACCUUUUUGUGCGUACGUACCUUUUGUAAAUGAGGCCCCAGGUCUCUACAGCGUGUCCUGGGUCGUCCCAGGGGUCUCCUCCCGGUGGGACAUGACCGCAACACCUCACCAGGGGGGCAUCCUAAUCAUUUUGCAGCUAAAUUGGACCCCGUUGAGCCUUUUUGAAAUGUGAUUUAUCAAAACAACUAUAAUAAAGUCAUGGCAUGUGCAUUAGAGCCAGCAGGCCUCAAGUCGAGAGGAUCGGGGUUCAAAUCUUGUCUCAGGUCGUCCCAUGUGGAGUUUGCAUGUUCUCCUCCUCCCAAGCUGUGAAUGGUCGUUUCACGUUCCCUGUGAUUGGCGACAGUCCAGGGUGUUUACUCAAAUAUUCUUUAGCAACACGGUCAGUUAUUCAUUCAACUAUCUUUAUUUUGAUGGUUGCCGUUUGCAGUGUAGAACUGUACUGCAUCACAAGAGAUGUCUCAUAAUUUGGUUACCUCAAUUUGCUACGAGUCAAAAAUAUUCGUAACAGCUAUGCAGUCUUGGCCAUAGUGGAGUUUGGAGUGUGACUGCUUGAGGGUGUGGACAGGUGUCUUUUAUACUGAUGCAUUCAAACAGGUGCCAUUAACUCAUUCACUGCCAGCCUUGCCAGUUAACAUGGAUAUUUGACUUCUAAAGCCGUCAAUGGCAGUGAAUGUGUUAAUACAGGUAACGAGUGGAGGACACAGGAGCCUCUUACAGAAGUUACAGGUCUGUAAAAGCCAGAAAUCUUGUUUGUAGGUGACCAAAUACUUAUUUUCUAAUAAAUUCUUGAAA